AUGUCGGAAACAUGCGACUCAUCUUCCUAUAGCGAGUCCAGCCUUGAGAAGGGCACCCACCCUUCUGAUCGAGAUGACUCGGCAACAAAUCCCACGACGAAAGAUGCGAGUCCGGCUAUCACCUCGACCCCCAAGAAGCAGGGGACCAAAGCUUGGUUGUCGUUAACUGCCGGUUUCAUGGGCAUGUUUGCUUCCUUUGGCUGGGUCAACUGCGUUGCCAUAUUCAAGGCCGAAUAUGAGAUGAACCAACUGCGGGAUUAUUCGAGUUCCCAGGUGGGAUGGAUAUCCUCCGUGCUCUUUUUCUUCAUGCUCGGAGUGUCACCCGUAGCUGGACGACUGUAUAAUGGUUACGGACCGCGUCUUCCGAUCAUAAUCGGCAGCUUUUUCCACGUCUUCGGCCUCAUGAUGACUAGGCUGUCAACCGAAUAUUACCAAUUCAUCUUGAGUCAGUCUGUGUGUUCUGGGAUUGGAACGUCGUUGAUCAUCACUGCAGCCAUGACCGCGCCGACAACCUACUUCCACGAUCGCCGAGCGCUGGCUGGUGGAGUCGCCAUUGCCGGUUCCUCUUUGGGUGGUGUCAAUUUUCCCAUUCAUGGUGAACCACCUGCUAUGCUCAAUUGGAUUUUCCUGGACCAUGCGUGCGUGCGCAUUUCUAAUGAUGAUGAUGAUGAAUUCAUUGACCCGAUCUAG